AUAUAUAGUAACCUUAUAUCAAUCUAUCAAUCUUCAAGUUUGACCGGCCAAAAAUCUGGUCUGAGGUCGUGUGAUUUACUGACUAUCGGUUCAUUCGUUAGGAUGUACGUUUAUUGAAUUACAAAAACAAAAUAAAUAAAAAUUUGCGUAAUACAUUAAUGACAAACUUUUAAUAUCACCUUGUUUCCCGGCAAUAAACCAUUUUUCUUAUUUUUCUACAAAUAAAUAGAUUUUAUUGUCAUGUACUUAUCCUUUUAUCCGAAUAUCUGAAUAAUGGCAACAAUGUUAAUUAUAAAAACCGUUAUCACUUCAUUGAUUUCAUUGUUCCUUUCUUCACGCAUAAUUUUCCAUUUCGAUGAUAUCUUCUCCGUCUGUUCGUCUAGCUCCGUAUCUGUGUGUCUGGUUCAGACACCAGACACAGAGACAGAGAAAGAGAGAGAAACAAUGAAACCUGUCCCUACGGCUGGAUAAAGUUAGUGAAAUAUAGUAGGAGAGACAGUUCACGCUGCUGGUUCCAGGUGUCUCACAUUCAAACCUUAAUCAUGGUCGGAGACGGAGAAUAAACCAGCUCCGGACACAAAAGUGAUAAUGCGCUCAGUUUUAUUUCUCUCAGUGCUACUCGUCCUGGUUAGGACGAAAAGUAUAUUACCACAGGACGAUAGUGCCUCGUCAAUAAAAGCAGAAGAAGAUCGGUUAAAUUUCCUUUUCGGAAAAUCGGAAAAAUUUCGAGCGGAAGAUGUGGUAACCAGUGUAUCCAGUGAGUUAGAGGAGGAUACGGAGAACCUGAGCAAACCCAAAACUCAGGAUGAAUCUUACUCCGGAGAACAGCAUUCCAGUCUUAUCAAUAGGUACAGUUCUAUCAGCUCCGAUCCUAACUCUAGAUUCAACUUGAGUACCUCGGACGAUCGGGACGAAAAGAAAAUUGAUCUUCAGAAUCGAUCAAAAACCCCGGGAAUAAGUGAAGAGCAAGAUAUUCUUCAGAAAUUAUUUAAUCAAGUUGUUUCCAAGGUGAAGGCUGCAGUAGGUGGAACUGUGGAAACAGUACUCAGUGAAAUUAGAUCAGCUGAGAAUGAGAUUCAGGACGAAAAGUUUAAGUUUAAUCUGGGAGUUGGAGAUGGUUCUGAAGAUGGGAUUGAUAUUCAGAUCAAUAUAACAAACAAAGACGAAAUCAAACCUACAAACUACAACUAUUAUCCUGUUCUCGAUGUUUCCCUUAUACCUGAUACAGAUACGGAAUCUGAAUCCGAUUCUCUAGAUAUCGAUCCUGUUCUAGAUGUCACUAAGAUCAGUUUUGAUUCAGAGGAAGAUGCUGAUUACACUGAAUAUGAUGAUGAAAACCAACCAAGCUUGAUCAAUAGUUCUAGUUUAGUACAGGAUAAUGAUCAAGUUCUAUCCGUUAAAUCAGAACUAUCAUCCCAGGGAGAACUAAAGAAAGAGGAGUAUGACUACCAAAAUGAAGAUUAUGAAAAUGAUGAGUAUGAAAAUGAUUUGUAUGGGGGAGAAUUCAGAAGACCAGAUUAUGAGGAAACCAUCACAGAUUUUUAUGAAGAUGUUAACGAGAAACCUACAACAAUAGUAACAAUUGAUGAUCUUGAUAAAGAAAGCUUAACUGAAGAUCAAGAACUAGAUACUCCAGAUGAAGAAAGCUCUACUGAAGAUCAAGAACUAGAUACUCCAGAUAAGGAAACUACUUCUAAAGAUCAAGAACUAGAAACUCAGGAUGAGGAGAGUUUUAUUGAAGAUCAAGAAGAAGAUACUCCAGAUGAGGAAAGGGCUACUAAAGAUCAAGAAGAAGGUACUCCACACUCUAUUGAAGAUCAAGAACUAGAUACUCAAGUUGAGGAAAAUACAACUGAAGAUCAAGAUUUAGAUACUCCAGAUGAGGAAAUCACUACUGAAGAUCAAAAACUAGUUAUUCCAGAUGAGGAAAGAUCUAUUGAAGAUCAAGGGCGAUUUACUCCGAAUGAGGAGUAUACUACUGAAGAUCAAGAACUAGUUGUUCCAGAUAAGGAAUGGUCUUUUGAAGAUAAAGGACUAGAUAUUCCAAAUGAGGAGUAUACUACGGAAGAUCAAGAACUAGUUACUCUAGAUGAGGAAAGGUCUUUUGAAGAUCAAGGACAUGAUACUCCGAACGAGGAGUAUACUACUGAAAGUCAAGGACUAGAUACUCCAAAUGAGGAAAGCACUACUAAAGAUAAAGAACUUGAUACUCCAGAAGAGGAAACUACUACUAAAGAUCAAGAAGAAGAUACUCCAGAUGAGGAAAGUACUACUGAAGAUCAAGAACUAGUUAUUCCAGAAGAGGAAGAUGGUGCGGAAGAUCAAGGACUAGAUACACCAGACGAUGAAAAUUCUAUUAUAGAACAAAAGAUAGAUACUUUGAAUGAGAAAAGUUCUAUUGAAGAUCAAGAACAAGAUAUUCCGGAUGAAGAUUAUAAUACUAAAGAUCAAAAAGUAAAUACUGCAGAUGAGGAAAGUUCUAUUGAAGAUCAAGAGAUAGAUACUUCGGAUAAGGAAAGUUCAAUUGAAGAUCAAAAACAAGAUAUUCCGGACGAAGAAAGUUAUUUUGAAGAUCAAGAUUAUUUUACUGGCGAACGAAAAGAAAUUCUUUUUCAAGAUUUAGAACCAAAAACAAUUCCCAGCUUAAUUGAAAGUACAAUCAAUGGUUUUCAGGAUGAGGUAAUAAUUGAUGAAGACACCGACCUGGAGCCGGAUAAACUUUUUCGUGGAAUCAGCGAGCUAGAAGAAGAAUAUACAGAUGAAGGGUUUGCUAGAACCUUCUCCAACGAAGUAUUAAGAACAUCCACAGCUAAAGUAAACACAGGGACAGUGAGAGGAAAAGUAUUGAAGACUUUAACCGGGUUAGAGAUAACAUGGUAUCCUGGGAUACCCUAUGCUGAGCCCCCUGUUGGAGAUCUUAGGUUCCAGGUAGCAAGAAGGAAAAGUUCGUGGACUGGUGUAUUGGAAGGAAGGGAGAGGGUUAAAUGUGUUCAGGCAUCCUCGUUUAAUGUUGAGGGAGAGGAGGACUGUUUGUAUCUGAAUAUCUGGGUUCCGGAAACAAGGAAUUCAACACAACUACUUCCUGUUAUGGUUUGGAUUCAUGGAGGAUUUUUCUUGUUUGGCUCCGGGGACGCAGAAUAUCAGAGCUUCCAUAGGUUAGUUGAAAAGAACGUGAUUGUAGUUUCUAUUAAUUACAGACUUGGAGCACUAGGUUUCUUAUGUUUGGGAAACGAUAUGUCUGGAGGAAAUCUAGGAUUACGAGAUCAGAAGCUAGCCCUGGAGUGGGUUCAACAAAAUAUAUUAAACUUCGGAGGAGAUCCUGGUCGAGUAACUGUGUUUGGACACGGUUCAGGAGCUAUGAGUACUCAGGUUCAUCUUCUCUCUCCGUCCUCCCGGAGGUUUAUCUCCGGAGCUAUUCUCCAGUCAGGAUCUCUUCUGUAUAAAACUAAGUUCGAGCAAGUAACUGAAGAUGUUAUAAAAAGCAGUCGAAGGCUUGCCGAUUCUUUUGGUUGCUUCGGAUUAAACACACUCAAUUGUCUUCGAAAUAUCUCUGCAAACCUUCUCACAAGGAAAAGUGUGGCAAGAGAUGAAACGUUUAACGAGAGCGGAAUAUACUCUAACUCCAGCUGGUUCUGGUUACCAGUUCAAGACGGAAAUUUCUCUCGUGACCCUCUAAUUCCUAAACCACCAGUCGAGAUUAUUCUUUCAGGAGAAUAUUUAAACGUUCCAGUUCUAACCGGACUAGUGGAGGGAGAAGGAUCUCUAUACCUUACUCCGAUCCAGGAUAGUAUCAGGGAGAUUGAGAAAAUGUGGAAACUUCUCGGUCCAUCCUACCUUUUGCAAACUUCUCCAGGAUUAAUCAGUGACGAGGACGUAUUGGUUGCUAACACUCUCACCAGGUUCUAUGUUGGAAGAUCUAACCUUAGCGCUGCGGAUAGGAUGGAUCUUCAGGAUAUGUUCAGUGACGCCUACUUCUCUGUUCCUGUUCUUCUGAACGCAGAGCUAAUGAGCAGAUCUGGAACCAAAACCUUCUGCUAUAUUCUCAAGGAGACAAUCAAGGAUGAGGAAACCCCUAGUUUUGGACAUGGGGACGAUUUGGUUUAUCUGUUCUCUCGGGAGGAAAGAAUAGAACAGAAACGUAUAUCGGACCUAAUGGUGUCUGCCUGGACGAACUUUGCUAGAUCUAGAAACCCUGACUCAGAAAUGAAUAUAAGCUGGGCUGAGUAUACUCAGAAAUCUAAGUCUUGUCUUCUACUGACGAAUGAACCAACAAUGGAAACGAAUUCCUACCCUGAAAGAAUGCUAAUCUGGAGAAAACUAGUUUGGGAUCCUAUUCUCCUCUCCUUAGCUCCUAAACCCAAACCAAUAUGUCCUCCUCCCCCUCCUCCGCCUAAAUGCCCAUCCCCUACUUUACGUCCCACCCAACCUAUUCACUCUUCUCCAACCCACCGUCCACAUUCUCCACAUAUCCCAUCCCGCCCGUUUUUAGUUCCAUAUGUCCCCGCUUGGAUCCACCCUUAUCCAGCAUAUACACAUUAUCAUUCAGGGCGAUAGAUUAAGAUUUAAUCAGUUAAUUACAAUUCUUCCAUUAUCCCGUCUUCCUCAGAUUAUGUUAUUUCAAUCCUACAACUUGUUUACCGAAAAAAUUUUUAAACCCUAAACUCCAUCUUACGGUUAUAGGCGUUUUAAUAUAGUUAUAAAAAAGACAUUUUUAUCCUUUGCAUUAUGACAUUAUUAGGAUACUAUCAAAUGCACUGAAAGAUUUAAGAUUUAGGUUUAUUUAUUAAUAUGUUUAGUUUGGGAUAUUUGACCCAGAAAUUCAAACUGGAUGCAUGUAGAACAAAGAUGAUAACUUUUGAUUGAACGGGGCUAAUUUAAAUUGGUUCAAUUAAAUGAGUCGAUUUUUUCUCUUCUCUCUCUUAAAGAACCGUUAAACCAAAGAGAUACGAGAUCAGAGGAACAGGUUCGGUUUAUUUAAAUUUGUUCAUUAAUAACAUGGUUUUAUAGCAAUUAUAGCUACGCAACGUUUUUUUGUGUGUUUUUUAUUCACGAGGAUUUAUGAAAAAAAUAUUUGUGCAUCUAUUGGGGGAAUUGUCAAAAUAAAUUUGUUGAUCAAUGCCAUUUCAACAUUCUUAUUGUUUAUUUACAUUCCCCCCUCUCCUGCAAAAACCAGUCCUUUUUAAUUGUCAUCUUGUAAUAAUAUUUGUAAUAUAAAGGUCUAUAAUGACAUCAGGUUGAAAGAUUUUAACACGAAGAGUGUUUAGAGAGAGUUCCUUGUAGUUCUUGAAUCUGUGUAUACCAUAGAUAAAUAAAUAAACAUAGAUAGCUUAUGUACGAAAAAUCACCAAGAAUUGUACAGUCCGCGAACUCAUAC